UUCCGACAGCACUUGAAGGCAGCAUCAGAGCCUGCUACCUCACGGGCGUCAGGGGGCGAGGGGGAGAAAGAAGGAGAUGGCCGACUAGGAGGCAACGUUAACUUUGCUACUUCGUUGGCGAGAUUCCUUUUACUUAACACAUCUUCACAGCUGAAGUGAGAAGGGGACUUAUUGAAUAUUACACACCUCUUCCACAAUGGCAGAACAAAACAGCAACGUCAGAUAUCAAGAGCUGGUGAAUGAGGAGGAGCCCGCCCAGUCAUCCCAGGAGGGUCCUGCCCAGGACGCACCACCACCCUACAGCAGCAUUGCUGCAGCAAAUGCAGCUUUCUUUGAAUACAAGGAAGAUGGAGGAAGAUUUCCCAACCCUCCAUCCUACAGUGUUGCCACCACUUUGCCCUCCUAUGAUGAAGCUGAGAGAAGCAAAGAAGAGGCAGCCAUCCCCCUGGUCACUGGAAGAGUCACGGAGGACGACUUUGUGGCCAGGGAUGACUUCGAAGAUGCUGACCAGCUGCGAAUAGGAAAUGACGGCAUCUUCAUGCUCACUUUCUUCAUGGCAUUCCUCUUCAACUGGAUCGGCUUCUUCUUGUCGUUCUGUUUGACCACAUCAGCCGCCGGCCGAUAUGGAGCCAUCUCCGGCUUCGGCCUGUCCCUCAUCAAAUGGGUUCUUAUCGUCAGGUUUUCUACCUACUUCCCUGGUUACUUUGAUGGGCAGUACUGGUUGUGGUGGGUGUUCCUGGCCCUGGGCUUCAUGCUGUUCAUCAGAGGCUUUGUUAACUACUCCAGAGUGCGUAAACUGGCUGAUCCCACCUAUGCCACUCUUCCCCGAACAAGGGUACUCUUCAUCUAUUAGAGCCCAAAUUCAGGAUGUUGGAUGUGGAAGAACUGGACAUGACCAACACAAGCAGCAACUCUGUGAAGAGGUUCAAAUUUUAAGUGAAGACACUAAACCAGAAAUCGGCCAGACGAAUCAUAGAUGAAGACAACUCUCAAUAAAAUAUUCAGGAAUUCUAUCACUUGUUUUAUUUUUUUUUAAACUUUGUUAAUGGAAAAUGGUGAACAGUAAUAGUCCCUCAAUGUACUCAUUAGUGGCGAAUGUUAAGUGCUAUUUACAUCUGUCUGUAAUGUAAAGUAAUGCCUUAUAUAAUUUGAUGGUAGCAAACGAGCAUGCAUCUGCCCUUAAGGUCAAUAAAUAGGGAGAGUUACAUGUUGGCGACACUUGAAGCCAACAGGUAUUAAUUAAUACAACACUGUAGACUUGCCAUAGCAUGCAACACACUUUGUAAUCUGCACUAAUCUUACUUCAUGGUUUUAUUGUGACUAUUAUAGGCUGUUUUUAGAUACCACAUACACUUAAAAAGCAAGCUUUCAUUAGGCUGUUAAUGCUGAUAUACACAUUACCACAUAUUUCACUCACCUGUUGGCUUUAAGUAGUGUUGCCCUUUUUAGCCAGGAGGGGGCAGUGUUGUCCGCUGCUUUUAAGUUGUUAGAAACUGUUCAGUAAGGGCAUUGUCAUAAUAAAACAUACAUGCUUGUGAUUCGAAUGCAAUGUCAGUGGAGCGCAGCAAAAUUACAUCCAUGUGUCAGAAGUUAUGGUUUUGCCUGUUAAAUGUUUUGCUGUACAUUAAAUCAGGUCAAACUAUCCACCCUGGAAAUAAAAUUUGUCAGUGGAAAAGCUCUGUGCUUAUAAACAAGAGUCUUGGCUGUCUGGAUUUCAGCUGUUAAUGAUCUCACUCCUCACACAUUUGGAUCAAAUUAUCUAAGAGCAUAAAAAUAACUCAAAUUCCACUUUCAGGUGGGUUUUUGCCUUAAGAUUUAAUUGACAGAUGGGGAAGGGAAAUCUGUUUUAUUUUUUCUUCUUUCUUUCUUUCUUUCUUUCUUUUUUUUUUUUAAAUGAUUCAUAAGGUGUAAGAUGUUAGCUAUCUUGUGGGUAAACUAUAUGAAAGAAUGUUGUAUGCAGGUGCACUUUUAGAAACAUAACCAAUAAAACCCAGAGGAUGUUCCCAUCAUAAUUUUAAGUCUCGGACAUGUAAAACAAGCAAUGAAUGAUGCAGUGGUGCAGGAGUUUCUGUUUUACAUUCUGGAGGAAACGUCAUGUCAGGAUAAUGCAGUUUUUUCAUGAUCUUACAACUGUUGUCAAUGGAAAGGAUUAAUAUGGAUUUUAGUCUGGUCCCGCAAACUGGACUGUUUGCCUCAUCAGUUAACUUUAUACUUCUGCCGUGGCUUUUUCCCAUCAUGCUUAUUUCUAUGUGAUGUAGAGCUGCAGCCUUGGGGUUUUAUUGAUAUGAAACUGUACAGAAAACGUUUAGUGUUAAAUAAAUGUCACUUUUAAUGCGUCA